AUGAACCAAGUCACAACAGAGCUUGCAAAAAUUAAGUUCCUCUCUCAAAGAUCGUUAGUGUUAAAACAGUCUCUGUCCGAAACACUAACUCGCUACUACCCCCUCGCGGGGAAGAUUAAGGAUGAUCGUUCCAUUGAUUGUAAUGACGAUGGAUACAAAACAGGGCUCAUCAAGCAGUGCAACUCUGUCUCUGUUUCUCCUCUGCAACUUAUACUGAUAUGGUUGCAAGAGAGUACCGGUAGACCCCAACCACGCAGCACCACCAUGGUCGUUGCAGAGGCGUGGGAAAAUUGGUCGCACCCUUGGUGGCCCCCGAGGACUGCCGUCGGGGGUGUAGAUGUUGGGUACAUGGUUUUCAUUAAGGAUUUUCUUGAGUUUGUGAGUACUAGAUCUGAAAUAAUUAAUCUGUCAAGUCAAAAUCCAAUGGAAUCAACAGUUGAUGGCUGGGGAUUGAUUGUGGUGCUCCGAUCAAGAGCUCUACUUUGCAGAUAUGUCAUUGUCCCAAACGAAGGAAGAAGAAGAAAUCUCAAUUUUUGUCACAAGAAGAAGAAUAAACGCCGAUCUAUGUUGAGGGAGAACUUGAAGGCGUUAUUGUCCAACGGACUGUGUAAGAACAGGUCUGCAUUAGGGUACACCUUAAGAACAUUUUCUAUAAUCGACGGCCCCUACUUUAAUCUCGUGGAAGGAUGCCUCACGCUGAUUCAGUCAUACCAGACACAGAAAAACUUCACUUACGACUGGAUAGUCCGAACCCGAGUAGACAGUUACUGGAAUGCGCAAUUGGGCCCCGAGAACUUCAUCCCGGGUCAAUACGUUGUCCCUUCCGGAUCCACCUACGGCGGUCUCAACGACCGCUUCGGUGUCGGCGACCUCAAGACCACCUCCGUAGCACUCUCUCGCCUCUCCCUUGUCCCAGUGCUGGACUUGGCCGGGUUCCGCCGACUGAACUCGGAGACCGCCUUUAAGGCCCAGCUCACUACACAUGGAAUACCUUACCUUACCAAUCGCUUCCCCUUCUGCAUCGUCACAGACCGUAAAUACUUUUUCCCACGAAAUCGAUUCGGAGUGCCCGUUGCGGCAUUGUCGAGUCCGGGUCCGUUAAGUGGGGCCAAAUGUAGGCCGUGCAGGCCCGUGUGUCGAGGGUCUUGUGUGAAGGCUGUAAUGUCAAGGCUUCGUAGAAGUUGGAGCUGGACAAAUUGGGGGAAUGAGACUCUACAGUUAUGCAAUGCACAUGGAGAGUGGGAGAGAGGUUGGGAGAGGGUUUUUGACAUUGUCGCGGGGGAGAGAUUUGCGGCAGAGAGGAAGCGCGUGAGGGAGAUGAAGUUGAACGAGUGUGUGAGUGAUUUUGAGGAGAUGCAGAGGCGGGCUUUGAACUGGAAUUCUCCGCCGGCGGAGGAGAUAUGCAAGCUCGGUUUGGAAACGUAGAGGGGGCAAGUCGUUGGUGGGUUUGGAUACUAGUAGA